UUUCUUUCGCUUUGUAACUCUUUUGGCCCCGACCACUCGCCAUCGCCCGAGCGGAGUUGAAUGAUGGCGACGGGAACUCCAGACUCUCAGGCGCGAUUUGGUCAGUCCGUGAAGGGGCUUCUCACGGAGAAGGUAAACACCUGUGGAACAGACGUGAUCGCGCUCACCAAGCAGGUGCUGAAGGGGUCCCGGAGCUCGGAGCUGCUAGGUCAGGCAGCGCGAAACAUGGUCCUACAGGAAGAUGCCAUCUUGCACUCAGAAGACAGUUUAAGGAAAAUGGCUAUAAUAACAACACAUCUUCAAUACCAGCAAGAAGCUAUUCAGAAGAACGUUGAACAGUCAUCAGACCUACAGGACCAGUUGAAUCAUCUGUUGAAAUAGAGCAGCAUGUAAGAGGACAAUAGCACUUUUUUUGCCUGAUGCUGAGGAAGAAAUAUCUUAACCAUUGUGCUGUGGGUUUGAUUUUCCGUAUUUUCCUCUAAAAGUUAAUCUACAGAAGAGUUACAUUCCUAAAGAGAAGCUAGGAGGUCGAAUUUUAGAAGCAAUUCUUGAAUCAGACUAACUCAUGCUCUUACUGAAUUUUUAAGUUGCUCUGUUUAAUUUGAUAUUAAAGCAAAAUUAAGUAUA